AUGAGAUCACCAUCCACUAGUGGAAUCUCCAAAGGAUCAAGACUUCUAGUGAAAAACAAAGAAGAAGUUGUGAACAGUCAUGAGGAGCAUGAUGCUCAAAACAUAGCCAAUGAAGAAGAAAAGAGUGAGAAUGGGGGAUCAUCUGGAGAUAAGAAGGAAAGUGAUACAGAUGAUAAGGUAGGUGAAUGGGUUAAUGAUUCUACAAAAGAAGAAAAUCAUAGUGAAGAAGAGGAUGAAUCUGAAUGUGAGGUUAGCAGUGAUGAAGAUGAUGUGCCACUAUCUGAGGUAGGGAAGAAACCCAGGAAGACUCCUAUGAAAGCUACACAGUCAACAGUCCCAACAAGGAAAGGAGUGGCUCCUCCUACUAGGACUCCUGUUACAAGGAGUAAAAGAAAGGUUGUUGAUGAACAAGUCAUUAAGGAGUUUAGAAGUGCAAGGAAGCCAAGGAAGAAGGUCUCAAUUGUGGAACCUGUUGUUGAGAUGGACGGAGAAGAUGAGUCUUACUCUGCCUUUCCAGCUAAGUCCUCUACACCAAAGAGAAAGGUUGCCAAAGUUACCAAAACUGCUACCUCUUCUGCAAGGGCCAGUAGGGGUAAGACAAGAAAGAAUGUGCCAGUUGUAGUUGAUCGACUCAUAGAUUUCAGGAACGGAAAGGUUCUAAAUGGAAAGAUUCUUGCGAACACUGAUGAGAAGGGGAUGGCUCAACUGGUUGAAAAACAUGAGCUACAGAGGUAG